AGCAUGAAAUUCAAAAACCAAACAUUUGUCUCUGAAUUUCUUCUCCUGGGACUGACAGAUGAUCCAGAACUGCAGCCGCUCAUCUUCAGCCUAUUCCUGGUAAUCUACCUGGUCACCAUCCUGGGAAACCUCCUCAUCAUCCUGGCAAUCAGCUCUGACUCCCACCUCAACACCCCCAUGUACUUCUUCCUAUUCAACUUGUCCCUCACCGAUAUCUGUAUAAGCACCAGCACAAUCCCAAAGAUGCUAGUAAACAUACAAAUGCAGGAUCAGCGAAUCAGUUACACAGGAUGCUUCUCUCAGCUUUGUUUUGUAUUAGUCUUUGGUUGUUUAGAAAAUUGUCUCCUUGUGGUAAUGGCUUAUGACCGCUAUGUGGCUAUUUGUCAUCCCCUAAGAUACACGGUCAUCAUGCACCCUUGUCUCUGUGUCUUGCUGGUUCUACUCUCUCUGUUCAUGAGUAUCGUGCAUGGUCUACUCCACAGUCUGGCAGCAUUGCCACUGUCCUUUUGCACAAAUGUGGAAAUUCCACACUUCUUCUGUGAACUCGCUCAGAUCAUCAAGAUGGCCUGUUCUGAUACCUUUGUCAAUGCCAUGCUGAUAUAUUCAGCAGGAAACACAUUUUUUGGUGUUCCUCUCAUUGGUAUUAUUUUCUCUUAUAUUAAAAUCAUCUUCUGUAUUUUGAAAAUGCCAUCAGUUGGGGGAAGGUAUAAAGCUUUUUCCACCUGUGGGUCUCACCUUUAUGUUGUUUCCUUUUUCUAUGGGACAGCGUUUGGUGUGUACUUGAGUGCUACAUUCACUGACUCUUCCACUAAGAAUGCAGUAGCUUCAGUGAUGUACAUUGUGAUCCCUCAAGUGAUGAACCCCUUCAUCUACAGUUUGAGGAACAUGGAAAUGAAGGCAGCUCUGAGGCAUCUCAUAAAUGGGAAACAACGUAUAUGCUGA